AUGGAGGCAGGUGCUAGCGAGGCUGCGACUGCCUCGGCCAGAACCCUCAAAAGCGGAAUUACUUCGGGAAUCGGGAAUGCGAGCAUAGGGGUGGGGGUGGGGGUGGGGGAUGGCAGCAGCACAGGCGGCGCAGUGGAGGCUCGGGUGCACGUGGCAACGGUGAUCGCGGUGCCGGGCGUGAGCGUCCCCGUCAGCUUCGACGCCCUCCGCUGCUUCAGCCUUCCCCAGGCGGCGCGCAAGGCGGCGGGUGACGUGCAGGUGUGGUGGCACGGGCUCACGGGCGGCGGCACGGGCGGCAGCAGGAGCGGCAACGGUGGGGGUGCGGCGUGCAAGCAACUUAAGUUCUUCGCGAACCCGGCCUGCAAGGGCAAGGCGCUGGAUGAGGUGCUGCAGCUGCAGUCUGCCGGCCUGCGCAAGUUUUUCCAUGUUCCCAGAUUUCCCGAUGGGCUUCCGUUUCCUGCAAGUGUGGUGCGUCCCUUGCCUCCUCGUCUUCUUGCCUCUCUGCCUCCUUUCCUCCUUGCCGCCUUGCCUCAUUGCCUCCUUGCCUCCCUGCAGCACACAUCUCAUUCCUUCCAUGGGAAGGAGUUUUUCUCUGGCUGA